GUUUUGCAGAGGAGACGGGAAUUGCUCACAAAAAUCGCUGCAGCUCUCCGCCCAGGCCUCUGAUCAUGUGCAAAUUCUGUCCGAAUGUUCGGUGAAUCGCCACGAAUCCGUAGACACCCAUUUCUCCCCACCAAAUGAUAGCCUCACAGAGAUUAAGCCUGCGACGUCCCUUAGCUCCACGUUGCUAUUAUGCCCGAGACCGCGUCGCCCGACCAUGUGCUUCCGGACGCGGAAUCUCUAGCAUCCUCAACAGCGGACAGAACCCUCGCCGUUGACGCAAGUGACGCGCCGCCAGUCGAGACAGAGGGCCGAGAUGCCGUGGCGGAAUCCCAUGCGAAUGGACAUGUCCAUGACGACGCGACGCCUGCUCAGGCAAAUGGCCACGUGCUGCAGACAGCAGAAGCCAUGGACGACCAUCAUGACAACGACGGCGAGCGGCCGGCAAAGAGACAAAGAACUCGGAAUUCGACUCCUCCGCCGCCUACCGUUCGAAAGCUGAAGCCCAUAUCGCCACCAUGGAAGAAGAUCGAGGCCGACGGGCCAACAUCAUACCACGAGAACGGACGGCGCAAAUCUGGCCGCAUCAAUUCGCAGCCUUCCCCAGUCGAGCCGCCCAGUACGAAGCGCACUACUCGGCACUCUGCCAAUGGAUCGGCCGGAAACAUUCUGAAGGAAAACCCAUUGCCGAACGGCAAAGCCAGCAAGGCUGCAGGAGGAGGCGCAUCCAAACAGAAACCCACGACCAAGACCACGCCAGCUCACCCUGCUCCCUCCGAAUCGAAUUCGAGAUAUGCCUCUAGGAGAGGUGCUGCCCCCGAACCUAGAUCAUCCUCUAGACUCUCACGUCGACGAACUCCUUCGCCCCCACCACCAUCCCUCAGGCACUCGACACGCACACGAAGAGGAGCCGCGAUUGCGCCAGAUACCCCGACCAGCGUCACUAAACAUAAUACGUUCGAGAGCUCCGGCAAAUCACCUCGAUUGAAGCUGAAGGUUGGGCCUCGGCUCACAGUGAUUCCCUUGGUUCAUCCAGACCAGGUACGCAAACGACCACGAAUUGGGACGGAUUUUGAUGACUUCUGGGAUCGAGCUGGGAGUAUUCCGGUAGAGGAGGGCGGCCUCCUGAUGUCUGAGGAUGGGCCCCCGUAUACGGACGAAAUGGCACAAACCGAUGCGCGGAUGGUUCUCCGUAUUGAGCGUGAGGUCGAGCCGGGCGGGCUCCUUUCAGUACAACGAUGCUCCCUAUUCGCACCUGAAGGAGAAGAAGAACCGCCAAGACAAUGGGCUCGUCAGGACCAUAUGACAAGGGCCGCAAGCCACUUCCGAAAGCUCAUGAUUAUAGAGCAACAACGGCAUCGAUCGGUAGCUAAAAAGCUUGCUGAAGCAUGUCGUGAGGAAUGGCUACGCCGUCAGCCCAAGUCUGCUGAAGAGAUAGAAGCAGAAGCCAGAGCUGUGUGGCUGAUGCGCUAUCGCGUUGUUCUCAGAUCACUCUUCGGUACCUGGGAAAAUGUUCGUGCAGAGGUGAACCGGCGGCGACUGGCACAAUGGGAAGCAGAAGAGCAGAAGAGGGUCAAGGCUGCCCUAAACCAGGCCGUCAGUUUAUCGGAGCAGAAGCUGCAGGCUCGACGCGCUGGGGGUGUAGAUUCUGAAUCUCUCUACGACGAAGAUGAUGGCUUUGAUGAUCUAAGUGACAGUGCUAGCGGAGACGACGGCGAAAUUGACGAUUCGCGUCUGGCUUCGGCAGAGACCGACGGCAGUAGCGAUGGCGGCAAUGAUGACGACGAUAGCGAUGUGAUGUCUUCUUCCGAAGAUGAAGAAGAUGAAGACCAGAAGGACGCAGCAGAUGAAGGCCUUACUCAAGAACAGCUACGGGCGAAAUACGCUAACAUACCUGAGUUGGUAGCCCCUGAGGAGCCAGAGUCGGUCGCCGAAAAUACAGAAACCCCUGGCAAUGUAGAAGGGUCAGAUGCCGAGACCAGUGAUGAAUCAGUGGACAUGGACGACGACCUGGGUUCAACUGAUUUUAACAGCAGUGGCGAAUCCGGAGAUGAAGCGUCAAGUGAUGAGUCGGGUUCCGAAGACGGAGCCAGUGGGCUGCUGGGGCUGUUCUUUGGAAAGUCGGAGCUUAAAGCAAUGUCAAAGGAUGAAGCAAAGGCUGAAAGUCCCGAGCAAGAAGAAGCUGAAACCCAAGUUCUUACAUCUGAGAUGGACGUUACGCAACCAGACCCUGAACUUGAAGAUGACGAUGAAAUGUCGCUCGUCCGCCACCCUGAUUCUAUAAACGGCGACGAUGCCAAAGAAAAUGGCGAUGAUAACAAUGAUAUAAAACCCGCAGUGGAUAACAAGCCAGACAGCUCGGAAAUCGCACAACAGCCUGGUAAUGAAACCAAGGAGCAGGACGUUCCUUCAGACCACACUGGUAUGGAGUUGGAAAAUGUUGAUCAGGACACUACGAUGGCAGAUGUUCCGGCGGAUUCGCCAGCUAGCGACGUGUCAAAAUCGGAAGAGCUUAAAAGCACCACAGCUUCAGACAAAUAUGCUCAUCCUGAAACAGAGCUUGCGAAUGUCCACUCCGAUACUUCUUGCGACACAUCAUUGCCAACGACAGUGGAAGCUAAGUUGGAAGCAAAGCCAUCUAAUAACGAAAUAUCUCUGGAAGAGAAGCAGACAGAAAUGUCUCUAGAGGAGAAACAGACUGAGCCAGUGGAAUCAAUGCCCACUGCCACUGAUGAGGCUACGAUACCUGAGCCUUCCGUUCACAAAGUUGAAGUUCCGCCGCUCCUCCGGGGAACACUACGCGAAUAUCAGAGACAAGGCCUCGACUGGCUAGCUGGUCUCUAUGCAAACAAUACCAACGGCAUCUUGGCAGACGAGAUGGGUCUAGGUAAGACGAUUCAGACCAUUGCGCUGCUGGCGCACCUUGCCUGUCGUCACGAAGUUUGGGGCCCACACCUUGUCAUCGUUCCCACCAGCGUCAUGUUGAACUGGGAAAUGGAAUUCAAGAAGUGGUGCCCUGGUUUCAAGAUACUCGCUUACUAUGGCUCCCAAGAAGAACGAAAGAGAAAGCGACAAGGAUGGAACAAUGACGAUGUUUGGAAUGUCUGCAUUACUUCCUAUCAGCUAGUACUUCAAGAUCAACAGGUGUUUAGACGCCGAAGAUGGCACUAUAUGAUCCUAGAUGAAGCGCACAACAUCAAGAACUUCAAGUCGCAGAGGUGGCAGACGUUACUGGGAUUCAAUACGCAUUCACGCCUUCUCCUUACCGGAACUCCUCUACAAAACAACCUGACAGAACUGUGGUCACUCCUCUUUUUCCUGAUGCCUGCAGAAAAUGGUGUUGGAGGAUUUGCAGAUCUGCAAGAGUUUCAUGACUGGUUUCGCAAACCGGAGUCACAGAUUUUGGAAAGUGGAAGAGAUCAGAUGGACGACGAAGCGAAAGCCAUUAUCGGGAAGCUUCACAAAGUUUUGCGUCCAUAUCUUCUCAGGCGUCUCAAAGCAGAUGUAGAGAAGCAAAUGCCGGCCAAAUAUGAACAUGUGGAAUUCUGCCGGCUAUCAAAGCGCCAGCGUGAGCUGUACGAUGGGUUCUUGGCACGCAGCGACACGAGGAACACGCUUGCGUCUGGGAAUUAUCUCUCUAUUAUCAAUUGUCUGAUGCAGCUUCGUAAGGUCUGCAAUCAUCCCGACCUGUUUGUCGAUCGUCCUAUCAUGACCUCGUUCCGCAUGCGCAAGUCUGUAACUGCCGAUUACCAGGCUACGGUAAGGGCUGUGCAGCGGUCUUUUUUCGCAGAAAGCCCAAUGAGCUCUGUCAAUUUGGCCUUUUUGAAUCUAGUACCAACACAGCACGAGCAUCUAUCUACGAUGAAGGCUGAUAGCAUUGCCCAACUAAGCUCACACCGCAUACUUAUGGAUCUCCGAGAAGCGCAGAAAUGCCGAGCGCAAAAUGCUUACACAACUCUUGAUCCAGGCACGGUGGAAUCGAACAUUGCUUAUGUUGAGAGUGCUGCCCGAUGGGGACGUUUUGAAGAAUUGCAGCACUGUGUCUAUCUCAACGCCCUUCGCCGCCAGCAAAGGCCAAUUUACGGGAGCAAUGUUGUUAAAUUGCUAAAUAUUAACGCUCAUAACCCUCUUCGCAAACCUCGGCCUCUAGUUCCCCGGAAAAUCAUGGACUGGUUCGAAUCCGACUCAGCCUUUGUGCAAGCAUUGACUCCAUCUCUCGACCAGAGAGCCGAUUCCUUGAAAACUACAAUUGAAAAAUUUUCUUGCGUCACACCCGCUGUCGUGACUCGAGAUCUCGACCAGUUCAUUCUAGGUCGCAAGGGCAUUGAGGCAUUUACGGACGAAGACCUCAAGCUAUCAGCACCAGUGCGUUGGGCGCCCUUUAUGCCCAAACAGCCCCCUUCAGAUCCAUGGCAUGAGGCCCGAAUGCGUCUUACUAUCCAAUUUCCUGACAAGCGUCUUCUCCAAUACGACUGUGGCAAGCUCCAGGCUCUGGACAAAUUGCUCCGCAAGCUGCAGAGCGGCGGUCAUCGUGCGCUCAUCUUUACGCAAAUGACAAAGGUGCUCGACAUUCUGGAGCAGUUUCUAAACAUUCAUGGACACAAGUAUCUACGACUUGACGGUGCCACAAAGGUUGAACAACGCCAAAUUUUGACUGAUCGCUUCAACCAUGAUUCACGCAUUCUUUGCUUCAUCUUGUCCACUCGAUCAGGAGGACUGGGCAUUAACCUUACGGGCGCAGACACAGUCAUCUUUUACGACCAAGACUGGAAUCCAGCUAUGGAUAAACAGUGUCAGGACCGAUGCCAUCGUAUCGGCCAAACACGCGACGUCCAUAUUUACCGCCUCGUGAGCGAACAUACCAUUGAAGCGAAUAUUCUUCGCAAGGCAUCGCAAAAGCAGAUGCUAGACGAUGUCGUUAUCCAGGAGGGAGAAUUCACUACGGAUACGUUCAAUCGCCCCUCUGUCAGAGACGUCCUUGGCGAGAAAGUCGAUUUCAUGAGCGAAGGCGUUGCUGCUGCAGAUGCCGCUCUCGAUCUAGUCCUUGGUGGGUCUGAAAGUAGUAAUGAUCAGCGCCGCGUUGGUCGCGUUUUUGAGCAGGCCGAAGACAAAGAGGACGUUGCCGCCGCGCGUGUUGCAGAGAAGGAGAUUCUUGCUGACGAUGCUGACUUUACGGAGAAGCUGGGUGGACCUGCCUCUGGCACAUCAACCGCACGGCAAGGAACGCCGGCGGGUAAAUCCAUCUUUGACGGCGGCAUUAGUAUACUAGAUGGCCCGGAAGAGAGCGGCAUCGACAUAAUCGAGGAGUAUAAUGCUUGGGGCGGAAGAUUGGGCAAUAUUGACGACUAUAUGCUUUCUAUUAUGACCGAGGAACUGAAGUUUACGAAACUGGAAUUGCCAAAGGACAAGAAAAAAGGGAAAAAGAAGGGCAAAGACACAAGGAAACGGUAAUGGCGGAGGUUUCAUCAGUCCUAAGCGAAUCUUGAUGGCAAAGAUAACGACCAUUGCAUGUAUCACAUCAUUGUGUGUAUAAUACUUUUAUUGUUGUUUCUGCUGUUGUAAGUGUACAGUACGGCGGGAGACCUGGGUGUUGCUUGAGUUUUUCAAAAAGGGCUUGGUAUCAUGAUGGGAGUUUGGGGGCUUUGAAAAAGAAAAACCUUUGAAAAGGGCGACAGCAAAGUGCUUAUUUAUGUUUAGACUUGGUGGUUAUGGCCACUGCCAUUGGAAAUGUGCAUACUGAAUAAUCUCCC